CGAAGCACAUUGUUGAAUUUUCUAGACUGCGAAAGCGCCUGUCGUUGAACUCUUUGUACCAAUCACUCAAUAUCUCCGUUUCUGUCUCCCUCUUUCGUCUAUGAUCUCGCUAGAUAAUAUCGUCAUUAGGAGCCCACUUACGGUUUCAUACUGAGCCCGCCGAGGACUACCUGAGGUUUCAAUUUCGUUCAAAGCCGCGACCUUUCUCCGAGUCUUCUCGUCACUUUUUUUUAUUCUGAGAAUCUUAAUCGCAUCAAUUUAUUGAAUUCAAAUUAUGAUUUGAAUCUUCUGUAAGGGUCAUUAGGUUUAAGGUUGUGAUGGUAAGCCUUUGCCCUCUCGUUGGAGAUCUGUUAUUGUUGGCAUGAUCAUGUAAAUUUUAGUCUUUGUUGGCAUGAAAUCUAAUCUGACCUGCGGCUGAAAUGGUUGGAUUGUUUGUGUUUAGGCAGAUGAUAUCUAGGGUUCCUGAAGUUUAAUGUGCAAAAUCCCAAGUGGGUGUGUUGUAGUAGUUUUGUUUUGGGCAUCCGAAUAUUUUCAGAAAACCACAAUUUCCCAUCUGGUUAUUUGUUAAUUUAUAUCAAGACGGAGAACUGGGUUCAAACUUCGUCUUGUUCAACUUCACAGCCAUAAAUUUGUCACCUUGUCACGUAGUUUAUCAUUUUGUUUGGUGGAGGUUUUGAUAUCGAAAUGGACGACGGGGAGCUGGAUUUCUCGAACCAGGAAGCUUUUUCAAGUCCAAAUAUGGGGGAGCUUCCAAGAAGUUGCUCAAUGGAUAGUUUCUUUGAGGAACUUCUUAAGGACAGUCACGCUUGUACUCACACUCACACUUGCAACCCACCCGGCCCUGAUUCUUCGCACACGCACACCUGUUUUCAUGUGCACACUAAAAUAGUACCGGCCUCAAGUGACGACAAGAUUGCCACGGAUGAUACUGCGGAGUCCACUGAAAAGAAUUGCAAGAAACGCCCGAAAGGCAAUCGGGAAGCAGUUCGGAAGUACCGUGAGAAAAAGAAAGCCCGAGCUGCAUCGUUGGAGGAUGAAGUUGUGCGAUUAAGGGCUUUGAAUCAGCAGUUGUUAAAGAGGUUGCAGGGUCAAGCUGCAUUGGAGGCAGAAAUUGCAAGGCUGAAGUGUUUGCUUGUGGAUAUUCGAGGAAGGAUUGAAGGGGAGAUUGGAUCGUUUCCAUAUCAGAAAUCCGUCAAUCCCAACUUGUCUAAUCCUAGCAUGCCUGGGCCAUAUGUGAUGAACCCAUGUAACAUGCAGUGUGACGAUCAGGUCUAUUGUCUUCAUCCAGUGGUGGAUGGCAAAAGUGGAGAGGACGCAUUAUUGAAUGGGCAAGGCCUUAAUGGCUGUGAAUUUGAGAAUAUUCAGUGUUUGGCAAAUCAGAAUUCGGUGUCGAAGGAGCUUCCUGGUUGUGGUAUGGGGUAUUUAGCCUCCGAUGUCAAUUCUUCUGGCACAAAUAAGAGGAAAGGAGGGACUCGUGCAGCAAAAGCAAGUUGAAGUGCCGCUUAGUCAGCAAUUUCUGUAUGCUCAAGGGUAUAUAUGAUUGUCCAAUAAGUAGUAUUGUUGAACUCGUCAUCAGCUUUCCUUCCAGGUUAUUUAGUGAUUUUUUUAAUUGUUCGAUUUUAUUUCGGACCCAGUGUUGGGUUCUUGGAGCUGAUAUGGGCAUAUGUUUUCCUGGACUUGCAGUUACUGCUGUUUCAACAGGUGUCUUUUGUCGGUUUAUAACGUUUAGUCUGCUUUUAAUGUUUUGUAAAGCAGCAAAUUUAGUUGAUGUAUUUUUUGUGAACAAACUUGUUGCUAAGGCCAACUUUAUUGUUUCUAUGAGGUUGAAUGCCUUUAGUUUCAGCCUUCGUAUACUAUGUGACCAGACAUAGACCAGUCAAUUAAAAUGAGAUCAUUUGAUGUUCUUCCUUUA